ACAACCAGAGAACAUUUAACGAGAAUUUUGGCACUUCCAAGGCACAAAACCUGGAUUUUUUAGGAUUUCAGCACCACCAGCACAUCCCAAGAGCGUUUUCUUAGGAAUUCUCUGAUUUCCAAGGCACAACCACAGUGGGUUUUAGGAAUUCUCUCAACAUCAACACCACCCAGGAGCAUUUUUUUAGGAAUUCUCUCAUUUCCAAGGCACAAAACUUGAUGGUUUUUAGGAUUUCAGCAACAUGGACACACUCCAAGAACAUUUCAUGGGAAUUUUGGCACUUCCAAGGCUCAGUUUGGGUGAAUUUUAGGAAUUCAUCAACACAACCAGAGAACAUUUAACGAGAAUUUUGGCACUUCCAAGGCACAAAACCUGGAGUUUUUUAGGAUUUCAGCACCACCAGCACAUCCCAAGAGCGUUUUCUUAGGAAUUCUCUGAUUUCCAAGGCACAAACACAGUGGGUUUUAGGAAUUCUCUCAACAUCAACACCACCCAGGAGCAUUUUUUUAGGAAUUCUCUCAUUUCCAAGGCACAAUCUGGGUGAAUUUUAGGAUUUCUCUCAACAUCAACACAACCCAAGAGCAUUUCACGGGAAUUCUCUCAUUUCCAAGGCACAAUCUGGGUGAAUUUUAGGAAUUCCAGCACCAUCAACACAACCCAAGAGCAUUUCAUGGGAAUUCUCUCACUCCCAAGGCACAAAUCCUGGUGGUUUUUAGGAUUUCAGCAACAUGGACACACUCCAAGAACAUUUAACGGGAAUUUUGGCACUUCCAAGGCACAGUUUGGGUGAAUUUUAGGAAUUCCAGCACCAUCAACACAACCCAAGAGCAUUUCAUGGGAAUUCUCUCACUCCCAAGACACAAAACCCGGUGGUUUUUAGGAUUCCAGCAACACGGACACAACCCAAGAACAUUUUUUAGGAAUUCUCUCAUUUCCAAGGCACAAUCUGGGCAAAAUUUAGGAUUCCAGCAACACGGACACAUCCCAAGAACAUUUUUUAGGAAUUUUGGCACUUCCAAGGUACAAAACUUGAUGGUUUUUAGGAUUUCAGCAACAUGGACACAGCCCAGGAGCAUUUUUUAGGAAUUUUCUCAUUUCCAUGUCACAAACCAAGUGGGUUUUGGGAAUUCUCUCAACAUCAACACAACCCAGGAAUAUUUCAUGGGAAUUCUCUCAUUUCCAAGGACACAAAACCUGGUGGUUCAUGGGAACUCUUUCAACAUCAACACAAGCCAAGAGUGUUUUUUUAAGGAAUUCUCUCAUUUCCAAGGCACAAUUUGGGCAAAUUUUAGGAAUUCUCUCAACAUCAACACAACCCAAGAAUUUUUUUUAGGAAUUCUCUCAUUCCCAAGGCACAAAACUUGAUGGUUUUUAGGAUUUCAGCAACAUCAACACAACCCAAGAGGAUUUCAUGGGAAUUUUGGCACCUCCAAAGCACAAUUUGGGCAAAUCUAGGAAUUCAUCAACACAACCCAAGAACAAUUCUUAGGAAUUCUCUCAUUUCCAAGGCACAAUUUGAGCAAAUUUUGGGAAUUCUCUCAACAUCAACACAUUCCAAGAACAUUUAAUGGGAAUUUCCUCAUCUCCAAGGCACAGUUUGGAUGAAUUUUAGGAAUUCUCUCAACACAACUCGGGAGCAUUUAAUGGGAGUUUUGGCACUUCCAAGGCACAAUUUGGGUGAAUUUUAGGAAUUUCAGCACCAUCAGCACAAUCCAAGAAUAUUACUUAGGAAUUCUCUCAUUUCCAAGGCACAAUUUGGGCGAAUUUUAGGAAUUCAUCAGCACAAUCCAAGAGCAUUUCUUAGGAAUUCUCACACUUCCAAGACAGAAUUUGGGCAAAAUUUAGGAAUUUUCUCAACAUCAACACAACCCAAGAGCAUUUCAUGGGAAUUCUUUCACUUCCAAGGCACAAAACUCGAUGGUUUUUAGGAUUUCAGCAACAUGGACACAACCCAAGAACAUUAAUGGAAAUUUUGGCGCUUCCAAGGCACAAUUUGGGUGAAUUUUAGGAAUUCUCUCCUUUCCAAGACCUGAUUUCGGGGGUUUUUAGGAAUUCUCUCCUUUUCAAGGCCAUUUUUGGUCAUUUUUAGGAAUUCUCUCCCUUCCCAGAUCAUCUCCUGGGGGUUUUUUAGGAACUUCCUCACCACACUUGAUCUUCCAAGACCAUUUCUGGUGGUUUUUGGAAUUCUCUUCCACCCCAGACCAUUUUUUGAUGGUUUUAGGAAUCGUCUCACUCGAAAGACAAAAUCCCAGGGUUCUGGGGAGCUCUUUUCUCUUCCAUGACAAAAUUUCAGGGAUUUUAGGAACUCUUUUCUCUUCCAUGACAAAAUUUCAGGGAUUUUAGGAGCUCCUGUUCAUUCCAUGCCAAGAUUCAGUGGUUUUGGGACCACCCAAGGCCCUUUUUGGGGGUUUCAGGACCUCUCCUGAGCAUCCCCGAGGUGCCGUCACCUCCCAAAAACCCCAAACCCACCAAAUCUGGGCUGGGGGGGGGGGCCCAAACCCCCAGGAACAUUCCAGAAACACCCCAAGGAACAUUCCAAGGAACACCCCUGGGAAUGUUCCAGCAACACCCCAGGAGCAUUUCAGGAACAUUCAAGAACACCCCCAGGAACGUUCCAGAAACAUUCCAGGAACACCUCAAGAACAUUCCGAGGAACGUUCCACCAGCACCUCCAAGAACAUUCCAGCAACACCCAAAGAACAUUCCAGAAACACUUCCAAGAACACCCCCAGGAACAUUCCAGCAACGCCCCAAAAACACGCCUGGAACAUUCCAGGAACAUUCCAAGAACACCCCAGCAACACCUCCGGAACAUUCCAGAAACAUUCUGGCAACACCCUAAAGAACAUUCCAGGAACACUCCGGGAAUGUUCCGAGAGUACCUCAAGGAAUGUUCCAGAAACAUUCCAGGAACACCCCCCAGGAACAUUCCAGAAACACCUCAGGAACAUUCCAGCAGCAUUCCAAGGAACAUUCCAGCAACACCCCAGGAACACCUCAAGGAAUGUUCCAGGAACAUUCCAGCAACACACCAAGGAACAUUCCAAAGAACAUUCCAGAAACAUUCUGGCAACACUCCAAGGAACAUUCCAAGAAAACUCCCAGGAACAUUCCAGAAACACGUCCAGGAAUGUUCCAGCAACAUCCCAAGAACAUUCCAAGGAACAUUCCACGAACAUUCCCGCAACACCCCAAGGAACAUUCCGGAAAUACCUUCAGCAGUACCCCAAGGACAUUCCAGAACAUUCCAGCAGCACCCCAAGGAACAUUCCAGAAACACUUCCAAGAACAUUCCAGCAGCACCCCAAGGAACAUUCCAGAAACACUUCCAAGAACAUUCCAGCAGCACCCCAAGGAACAUUCCAGAAACACUUCCAAGAACAUUCCAAGGAACAUUCCAGCAACACCCCAAGAACAUUUCAGGAACACCCCAAGGAACAUUCCAGAAACACUUUCAGGAACAUUCCAGAAACACCUCCAAGAACAUUCCAAGAAUAUUCCUGCAACACCCCAAGGAACAUUCCAGAAACACUUCCAGGGACAUUCCAGCAACACCCCAAGAACAUUUCAGGAACACCCCAAGGAACAUUCCAGAAACAUUCCGGCAACACCCCAAGGAACAUUCCAGAAACACCUCCAGGAACAUUCCAAGGAACAUUCCAGAAACACCUCCAAGAACACCCCAAGGAACAUUCCAGAAACACCUCCAAGAACAUUCCAGAAACACCUCCAGGAACAUUCCAAGGAACAUUCCAGAGCACUCCAGGAGCACCCCAAGGAACAUUCCGGAACGCCCCCAUCCCCGGGGGUUCUGGGGGUGCCGUGGCCGCGGCUGGGCCCCGUUUUGGGACCAUUUUGGGCCGUUUCUGGCCGUUUUUGGCCGUUUCUGGCUGUUUUGGGACCGUUUUGAGCCGUUUUGGGGCCAUUUCUGGCCGGUUUUGGCCAUUUCGGGACCGUUUUGAGCCGUUUUGGGGCCGUUUCUGGCCAUUUCGGGACCUUUUCUGGCCGUUUUGGGCCGUUUUGGGGCCGUUUCUGGCCGGUUUUGGACCGUUUC